AUGGCUUACCCGUUCGGCAAGGAAUUCCCAACAGCUCCAACCAAAGUCCCCGUGAAAGUUGAUUCGAAAGGGAAGUGUCAGGCUGAUUCUCCAAAUGCUGUGGUUCGAAGUCCAACUAAGUAUGUUUUCAAACCAGCUACCCCGGUGAGCAUCGGCAGUGUCCCUAAACCACCGGGGUCCGUGCCACCUUCCGAUCAGUCUUCCCCAAUGCAAAAUGGCAUCGGAUUUGAGGCCGAUUCCACUGGGAAUUUCAGUGCUCAGAAUGGUUUCUCAUAUGAGGAGGAAGAUUUGACGUCCAAGCCCACCCCGAAUUCAGCUCCUUUACCGGAAGAACUAGCCGAGGCUUUGGAGCAAGCUUAA